GAAAACGUGCCCGCCGAUCACAUGCUGUUUGUGCCCUCUGACAGACGCUACCCCUACUGCUACGUCAGCCCGCCGGAGGAGCUCAUCGCUCUGGGGGAAGAGAUCCAGCGGACUCGCGUCGUCGUGGCGCUGAGCAUCUGGGACGCCAACAGCGAGACGCCGCGGGCACGGUGGAUCCGCACGCUCGGGAGGGCGGGCGACCUGGAGGCCGAGACCCAGAGCAUCCUGCUUGAGAACAGCAUCUGCGAUGACCCGUUCACCGAUGAGGUGUUGGCCUGUCUGCCGCCAGAGGACUUCUCGCCCAGCCAGGAAGACCUGGUCGGGCGACAGGACUUCCGCGGACUGGCGGUCUGCUCCAUUGAUCCGCCUGGGUGCCAGGAUAUCGACGACGCCCUCUCCUGCGAGCAGCUCGACAAUGGGAACUACCGCGUGGGCGUGCACAUUGCGGACGUCACGCACUUCAUGAAGCCGAACACGCCCCUGGAUGCGGAGGCCGCGCGCCGCUGCACGUCCGUAUACCUGGUCGACAGGCGCAUCGACAUGCUCCCUCGCCUGCUGACCACACAGCUCUGUUCCCUUCGGGACGACGGCGACCGCCUGACCUUCUCGGCCCUAGUCGAGCUGACGCCCGAUGCGAAGAUUGUGGGCAGAAGAUUCUGUAAGGGUAUCAUCCGCUCGCGGGCGUCCCUGUCCUACCAGGAGGCGCAGGCCCGGAUCGACAGCGAUCCCUCGGAGGACAGCUCGGAGCUCACGGUCGCCAUCAGGAACCUCUACGAGCUGUCCAAGAAGCUUCGCGCGGAGCGCAUGUCUCAAGGAGCGCUGGAGCUGGCGUCGACGGAGAUGAAAUUCGAGUUCGAGAGUGACGCGUCAACGCCGACCAACAUGUUCAAGUACGAGCAUUAUGCGACGAACGAGCUCAUAGAAGAGUUCAUGCUGCUCGCCAACCGCGCAGCGGCUAUACAGAUCACCCAGUACUUUGGUAAUUUUGGCGUGCUCCGACGGCACGAUCCCCCCAAGAUGGACUUCAUGGACGAGUUGGCCGAAACCUUGUCAGCAGGCUUUGGUGUGAAGGAUUUCAAGUACGGCACCAACCUGGAGCUUCAGGCCUCGCUGAAUGCAGUGGACAAGCCCGACGAUCCGUUCUUCAGCACGCUCGUGCGCAUCAUGGCGUGCAGGUGCAUGAACGAGGCAGAGUAUUUCUGCACUGGCGGCACGCCCGUCGACCGCUUUUACCAUUAUGGACUGGCAGCGACGCACUACACCCACUUCACCUCGCCGAUUCGGCGAUACGCCGACGUGAUGGUGCACCGACUCCUCGCCGCGUCGAUAGGCUUCGAGGGUCUCCCAGAGCAUCUCGUCCAGGAAAAGUGCGUCGCCGAGCAGGUCCUGCGGCUGAACGACAAGCACAGGGGUGCGCGAAUGGCCGACUUUGCGUCCGUGGCGCUGCAUCAGUACCUCUUCUUCAAGGCCACUGGCCCAGUCAUGGCCGAGGGCGUCGUGAUGGGCACAACGAACAGUGCGAUCAAGGUCGCGGUCGAGGAUUACGGCUGCGAUGGCGACGUGGAGCUUCCCAUAAUUGAUUGGAUGCUCGUCCGUGAGAGCCAGGAGGCCGUCGGCAGGCCGCGCUCGAAGUUCGAGGGGGUCACCGUGCGGCUCUUCGACCGCGUCGUGGUCCGCAUCCAGGCGGACGAGACCGACGGCAGGCACCGCGCGCUGAAGAUGGACUUCGUCGGCCUGCCGACGGGCGUGCGGGGGAAGGACCGGCGCCGAAGGCCCAGACGCCUCAGGGCGCCCCUGAGCUCGUGGCCGCGGCGUCCGCUGGCGGCGAGGCGGCGGUGGCAUAGGGGUCCCACGAAUAGAG